AGCAACAGAAAAAGUAAACAUCACCUCCCCCCGUAACAUCGAAUGUAGAUUAUAAAAAAAAAUUAUUUAAUUUGAUAAAGAGACUGGGUAUCUAUCUACAAUUUGUUCGUUCAAAUAGAAUUAUCAUUUUAAUUGGCCCUUAUCGCCCGCUGCUUAUCGAUCUGUUGAUAUUAUUGUGCUUAGUGCGAGUCGUUCCACUGAAAGUUGAUUUAUCUUAAAAGUUAGUUGUGUACUGUCUUGAACCGUGUUAACAUGUCUAAUACAUUGAGAUUCGAUGGUCGUGUGGCUGUGGUGACUGGCGCUGGUGCCGGAUUAGGCAGAGAAUAUGCUUUAUUGUUCGCCGAACGAGGAGCCAAAGUUGUCGUCAAUGAUUUAGGAGGAAGUUUCAUCGGCGAAGGAAAGUCACAACAAGCAGCUGAUGUUGUCGUUGGCGAAAUUGUUGCUAAGGGCGGUAUUGCUGUUGCUGAUUACAAUUCCGUUACCGAAGGUGAAAAGAUAAUACAAACGGCGCUUAAUAAUUUCGGUCGCGUUGACAUUUUGGUAAACAAUGCGGGGAUAUUGCGUGAUCGCAGUUUUGCUAGAAUAUCGGAUCAGGACUGGAAUUUAGUGCAUGAUGUCCAUCUCAAAGGGAGCCACAAGACAACUCAAGCUGCCUGGCCAAUCUUUAAGAAACAAAACUAUGGCCGCAUCAUAAUGACAUCGAGUACAUCGGGUACGAUUGGAAAUUUCGGCCAGGCCAAUUACAGUGCCGCCAAAAUGGGUUUAAUCGGUCUAUCCAACACCUUAGCUAUUGAAGGAGCUAAGAAUAACAUCCACUGUAAUGUUAUCGUUCCAACAGCUGCAUCCAGAAUGACCAAAGACAUUUUCCCAGAGUUUCUGUACAACGAAUUGAAACCAAAACUCAUUGCUCCGGUUGUGGUGUACUUGUGCCAUGAAUCGAAUACCAGCAACGGUGAUAUCAUUGCCAGUGCAGCUGGAUGGGCGGGAAAGAUGCACAUGAUUCAGAGUCAAGGAGGAGUGAUGCGCGUCUCGUUGAACGACCAACCGACACCGGAGAGUGUGCAAAGGGAAUGGCACAAAAUAACCGAUAUGUCGAACGCCAGACAUUUGAACACUUCAGCCGAUGCAAUGAAAAACCUGAUGGAAAAGCUGGAAGUCCUGGGUGGCGGCGACCAGAACAACAACCGAAAAGAAGUCAGCAACAAUUUCUCAUUCGGAUCGAGGGAUUUGAUUUUGUACGCCCUGGGAAUUGGAGCAACGGUAUCACAACCAUCGGAUCUGAAAUUCCUGUACGAGAACCAUGCUGAUUUUUCACCGUUUCCAACCUACUUCGUAAUGCCGGGACUGUUGUCGACGAUGUCAACCACAUUGGUAGCCGAUGCACUGACGCACACAACAUUCGAUCUGUCGCAAAUCCUACACGGUGAACAGUAUCUGGAAAUCAUGGACGCACUACCGUCCGACGGUGUUUUGACAACGAAGAGCAGUGUAAUCGAUGUACAGGACAAGAAAUCCGGAGCUCUGGUCGUUGUUCAAGCCGACUCGUAUGAUGCCAGCGGUCGUCUGAUCGUUCGCGCUCAAAGUUCUACUUUCAUCAUUCGAGCUGGAAACUUUGGUGGCAAAACGAAAGCUGCUGAUGUGGUCGUGCCAUCUGUACCCUCACCGAAUCGCAAACCAGACGCAUCGGUUCAAUACAAAACUAGUGUCGACCAGGCAGCACUUUACAGAUUGUCCGGUGACUUUAAUCCCCUUCACAUCGAUCCAGACUUUGCAGCACUAGGCGGACAACCUGUUCCAAUUCUUCACGGACUUUGUACUCUCGGUUUCUCUGCCAGAGCAGUCCUUCAGACCUAUGCAGGCAACGAUGCAUCUCUGUUCAAGGCGAUCAAGGUUCGGUUUACCAAGCCAGUGAUACCUGGUCAAACAUUGAAAGUGGAUAUGUGGCAGAACGGACAGCGAAUCCACUUCACAACGAGUGUCGUCGAAACCGGCAAAGAAGUUAUUACCGGUGCGUACGUUGACUUGAAAAUGGUUGUCGGAAAGAAUCUAACCUCAGCCCAGCUACAGAGCGAUGCCGUUUUCGCUGGCAUCAAGGACCGUGUAUUGGCCGAUCCAGCCAAAGCUAAAACAGUAAACGCCGUCUUCGCCUACAAAAUCACCAACAACGGCCAGGUAGCCAAGGAAUGGACUUUGGACUUGAAAAACGGCGAUGUGUACGAAGGUGCACCGAAAUCGAAAGCCGACACAACAUUGACGGUCGCCGAUCAGGACAUGAUUGACAUUGCGCUGGGCAAAUUGAAUCCACAAGUGGCAUUUAUGAAGGGAAAAUUGAAGAUUACCGGCAACAUUAUGUUAACGCAAAAACUGGUGCCACUGUUGAAGACCGAAGCCAAAUUGUAAAAUAAAAGUCACGCGAGUCACCAUAUAUCAGCUCUGAGAGUCUAUUCGAUUCGAUUUUGUUUUGUUUUGUUUUUUUAAUUUACUUGGGGUACGGAGGCAUGCAUUAGAGGUGAGUUUUGGGGGAAUUAAAUGUUUAUCGCGGAAUGUGGAUUGUGGGUAGCGUCAUUCCUUUUGUAUAAAAAGCGUAAAACUUUUUGCAAAUUUUUAUUUUUGUAUUCUACGGUAAUCGGUCUCACGGAGUCCGGCAUUGUUACAGCAACUUUUUUUUAUUGAAUAAACAAAUGGAGAAAUAGUAAAAAA